GGCGCCACUGCUGACAUAGGAUGCUUUGGGAUGUUGCAAAACGGCCAGAGUUAGUGAAGCUUGCCUUUUGACUAGCAGCCUUUAUCCAGUGUCCCCCUUUCCUUUUCUGCAUUUACAUCCGAAUGCAACUACCCUGCCAAGCAGAGGAUUUGGAAGGCGAUUUAGACGAUGUUUGUGUUUUGAUCAGUGACUACCCGUAGACUGCGCACUCAUCUUGUGCUACAGACACAGGCUCACGCAGCAUGAGACUUUUAAACUUGUGACAGCGUCCAGGAAAAGGAAGCAACACGCAGGAUCAAGUUCUCUCCCAGCUUUCUGCUGAAGAAGUCGUUCCUCUAGUUUUGUGGAGAAUUGUUUUUGUCCAGGUCUUAGUCUUGCGUACUGAUUGCCCUCACAGGAAAUUACGGGAUUGUGAAACGACGUGGACAGGGGAGAAAAAAUGGAAGUGGCGACUGACCAGCCCCGCUGGAUGGCCCAUCACGCAGUCCUGAACGGGCAGCACCCGGACACACACCACCCUGGUCUGCCUCACAACUACAUGGAACCAGCACAACUUCUGCCCCCGGACGAAGUGGAUGUCUUCUUCAACCACUUGGACUCUCAAGGCAACCCUUAUUACGCGAACUCAGCCCAUGCCAGGGCCCGAGUGUCCUACAGCCAGGCUCACGCUCGUCUCACUGGGAGUCAAGUGUGUCGGCCUCAUCUUAUCCAUAGCCCCGGCAUUCCCUGGCUGGAUAGCGGCAAGGCUGCCCUGUCUGCUCAUCAUCAUAAUGCCUGGACAGUGAGCCACUUUGCCAAAGGACCACUGCAUCAUACAGCGGCUGGAGGACCAGGCGCUAUCUCAGUUUAUCCUGGCAGUAGCACUUCUACCACAGCAUCAGCCUCAUCUCUUACCCCAGCUUCCCACACCAGUCCCCACCUUUUCAGCUUUCCUCCAACCCCUCCCAAGGACGUAUCUCCAGAUCCUUCGGUCCCUAGUGCUGCCUCCCCUUCCUCUUCAACUGGGGGUAGGCUAGAAGAGAAGGAGUCGUUAAAGUACCAAGUGUCGUUAGCUGACAGCAUGAAAAUGGAGAGCUCAAGUCCUUUGAGAAGUAGUCUGGCUUCUAUGGCACAUCAACCCUCCACUCACCAUCCAAUUCCCACAUACCCCUCAUAUAUGCCCAGUGCUCACGACUACAGCACUAGCCUAUUCCAUCCUGGGAGCCUGCUUGGAGGAGCCGCCUCUAGCUUCACCCCAAAACAGAGGAGCAAAACCAGAUCCUGCUCAGAGCAGUGUUGUUGCAGUUUACCUGAAACUGACAUCAGAAAAGAAAUAACCCCCUGUGAAGGGAGAGAAUGCGUAAACUGUGGUGCCACUGCAACCCCCCUAUGGAGAAGAGAUGGCACUGGACACUAUCUGUGCAACGCAUGUGGACUCUACCAUAAAAUGAAUGGCCAGAAUCGACCUCUCAUUAAGCCCAAAAGAAGACUGUCAGCAGCCAGAAGGGCAGGAACGUGUUGUGCCAAUUGCCAGACCACUACCACCACCCUUUGGCGACGUAAUGCCAAUGGAGAUCCAGUAUGUAAUGCCUGUGGCCUUUAUUACAAGCUACACAAUGUGAACAGGCCAUUGACUAUGAAAAAAGAGGGAAUUCAAACUCGUAACAGGAAGAUGUCCAAUAAAUCUAAGAAAGGCAAGAAGGGCUCUGAGUGCUUUGAAGAACUGUCAAAGUGCAUGCAAGAAAAAUCCUCACCUUUCACUGCUGCUGCCUUGGCCAGUCACAUGGGUCCAAUGAGCCACCACUUACCCGCCUUCAGCCAUUCAGGACACAUUUUACCUACUCCAACCCCAAUCCACCCUUCUUCAAGCAUCUCAUUUGGCCAUCCUCAUCAUUCCAGUAUGGUCACUGCCAUGGGCUAAAAGGCAAUCUCCCCUUCUCUGACUGCCGCCAUUUUGUCUAUAGGACAAGACUUAAAAGUGUAUGUGUGGGGGAUUUGCCUUAUGUACACAAAGACGUCAGCAAAUACUCUGUGAGGGCAAGUGUGUGGAACAUUUUGACUGACAUAAAGAGCUGUACUGUGUUAGUGGAUAGCUCUUUUAUGCAGUGGGAUGGGUACUUUAACUGUGUCAUGGUACUGUGGAACCCAUACCCCCCUAACGGUGAAAGAAGAAGAAAAAGAGCUUUUAUUCAACAUUAAUGUGGUCCUUCUUUAAGUAAAGAAAGUUGGUGAAGGAAAGGUGACCUGAAAUUCAUCUUUUCUUUUUACUGUGAAUAUUGUAAAUGGUGUAAAAGACUUGUGCAAAAAAAAAGACCAAGCUCCAUGCAUACACAUGCUGGAUUUAAAAUAUGAACUUCCAUUGGGGGAAAAAGACAUCCUUUAUAAAGUUUAUAAAGCCUAAUUUUAAAACAAAUUA